UUGAGAAACAAACUUCAAAAAAAGACUUCCGUCCAACAAACAAACCUAACAAAGGAGCUACUCAAAAAUAGCUCCAUAUGGACUUUGAAGAAGAUGAGGAGGUUGUGCAACCGCACUAUGCUCAUAAAUUCCGGACUCCCACCGAUCCCCUCCUGCUGGCCACAUAUGAGCUGUUUAAGCCUUCUCAUCAGACUUUGAACCUAUACAGCGAACGGAAUCGCGAGAUUUUUGCGGAGGCUUUUAUAGAGGGAAACUUGGACACUUUGGUUAAUCUGUGCGUCAAGAGUCUGGCCAAACUAGGCAUUCGGGGCAUAUCUCCAACUUUGCAGGCGAAUCCGCAGCUUAUGAGAAUAUUUUACGACGCCCUAGAUGUGGAGCUAUCUUUGAGGGAUUGCUAUUUGAUCGAGGACCAGCGCUUUUGGCGACGCGUCGUACUAAGCAAGACUUUGGACAAAACGUUGCACCUAAAGCGCUGGAACGAGUUCGACUGGAAGUCGGAGGCCGUAAGCCGGAAGUUUGUGGAGCAGGUCGAGUCGUGUCCAGUGAACGUGAAGCCGCAGAGAAGGCUUGCUCAGUUGGCUGAAAUUGUUUGGGAGUAUGUCAACUCCAUGCACAUCCGCAAGUUGCAGGCUCUACCCGACUAUGCUUUUAGCAAGCAUUUAGAGAGCGAGCCUGAUGAGGAUAUAUCCUCGGAGUCAUCUGACGAGGAGGAGAUAUCUAGUGAUGAGCCGGAUACGGAUAUAGACGACGAGGGCGAGGAGGAGCAGAAGUCCAGUAGUUCCAGCAGCGAGGCUGCUAUUACUUUCUGGCGCGCCGAAACCGAGGACGAGGACACAAUUCGCCGGAAUGCGCGACGUCAACGCAAUGCCAACCGCCAGCACGCUAGGGAUGCCAUUGCCAGGAAACGGGAGGACCGCAAGGAGCGCAAGAAAAGUCGCCAGGAGAAUCUGGACGCUAUAAAGAACCCGGAUCCCUUGGCCAAGAAAAAGAAGAAAAAGAAGAAGGAGCCGCCCAUUCGAGACGUGUUCAGUAUAAACGUUGAUCCAGAAGAAGUUGAUGAUGAGGACACCAAACCCGACCAGCGCAACAAGCAGCUGAUGCUGGAGCGGGUCAAGCGUUAUAACUAUCCGGAUGCCCACUGCCAUCACAUCGAUCUCGGAUUUGUGCGCUAUUUUAAAAAUAUGGUAUCUUUAACGCUGGAGUUUUUGGGACCACCUAAUGUAAAAGACUAUCACAGCCGUUAUAUGAAGUUCUCAGACGGUGAUAUGGUUCGUCUUAGCAGAGGGCUGAGAAAUUUACAGAAUCUAAAGACCUUUAGGCUUCGGAACAGUCGCUUGAGUAUGAAGAAGUUUCGUAUCUUGGCCCGCGCUCUGCAGAGCUUAGACUCCCUUGAAGAGGUGGACUUUGGCUUUGACCAAAUGACGGAUGAGUGCAGCGAGGGUCUGUCCUAUUUGCUAAAGCGCCCAAUGAUGUACCGCAUUAUCCAGCUGGAACACAAUAAACUGGGCGCCAAUUCUGCAAUUGUGCUGGGCGAGGCCUUGAGCCAAUCGCAGGUAGGGGUUUUGGAGUAUCUGGGCCUGGCUCACAAUCCGCUUAAUGAAUUGGCCCUGCACUCGCUCAUCACGUGCCUUAUCGGAACCCCCCAUGUGUGGGCCCUCAACAUCUCCGGGAUCAACACCACCCAGGGCUCAUUUGCCAGGGAUAUAGGGAUCCUCCUGCGCAGUCACACUCCUCUGAUGAGCCUAGAAAUGGCCGCCAUUAACAUAGGCAACUCACAAGGGAAUCAAAUACUGAGAUCCCUGGAAAAGAACACUCGGGUUCUAUACGCCGACUUCCGGGAAUGUGAACUGAGCAUCGACCAGGAGUUCGAAGUAGACAUGAUAGUGCGGCGAAAUAACUACAUAAAUGAAAACCUCCACCACGGCGAGAAUCUGUGUAAGGUGGUCCAGGAUCGCCGCCAACCGAUUGUCCAACGAAUCGAGCAGGAUUUUGCGCGGCGGAAGGAGUGUCUGGAGGUACGCCCCAAGUUCUCAAGCUCCAGCAAGGAAUCCAUUCCGGAGGUGAUCGAUGAGAAGAAGGAGGUGGAGGAGGAGGGCGACUUCUGGGCAAUGCUGGCUCGCUGGAACCAGCCGGCAGUGUCUGAAGUGAGGGAAUCGCACACUUCGAAGGAUUCGCACCUCUCUCCAACUGCACAGCCGCAAUCCUUUGUCUACGAGCCCAACAAGUUCGAUCUGGGCCAGUUUCGAGAGUCUGUCUUUCUGCCAGGGCCUGGCAAUCGCUUUUUCUACCUGCAGAAGAACAAAACUCCCUAAUUUGUAGCCCUUUUCACCACCUAUAAUUGCAUAACAUUGUACUCUGAGUAUAUUUUCAAAGCAUUAAACGCACCACUUAGAAAGUCCAA